AUGGCAUCUGAGCUGGCUGCAAUUGGGUCUGGAAAAGAGGCUGAGACCGCCCAAUCGCCAUCUUCAGGGGCGGCCGCGGUAUCCCAAACUUCGACUACUCGUAGAGCUGCGGAAGAAGCAGAGUGUCCUGGUGCAGUAAGUCCAGAAAUCGACCGACAUACACCUUCAAACCCGGACAGCGUUAUCGAGCCCGGCGACGGCGAGUCCGUGGAAAACGACGAGUUCGACCCUCAGGAGUGGGAUGACAACGAUUCGUGUGCCUCGAUAUCGCUCAGUUCAAGCAUAUACCAGCAUACGUACGAUAAUGGCCGACGAUUCCAUGCGUACAAGCAUGGGAGGUACCCGAUCCCCAAUGAUGAGCGGGAGCAAUCCCGCGAGGACAUGAAGCAUGCCAUGAUGAUGGAAAUAGCCGACGGACAGCUGCAUUAUGCCCCUGUCGGAGAAACCCCUCAGAAAAUAUUGGAUCUUGGGACGGGAACUGGUAUCUGGGCAAUAGAAAUGGGCGAUAGAUAUCCCAGUGCAACAGUGACGGGUAUAGACCUAUCACCUAUUCAACCCGUCUGGCUCCCACCAAACGUCAAGUUCGUCAUUGAUGACUGCGAAGAUGAGCAGACCUUCGCGAACCUCAAACCGGGCGGCUGGAUGGAAUGGCAAGAAUUCCACGGCUGGUUUCGCUGCAACGACAACACAAUGCCCCCUGAUUACCCGGCGCACCUGGCUUACAAAAUGGCAAAAGACGCUUUCAAGCGGCUCAAUUUCGAUGUCGAUAUAUGCACGAAUAUGGGCCGAGUGCUGAGAGACGCCGGGUUCGUCAACGUGAACUGUAUCGUCAAAAAGAUUCCCGUAGGCCCGUGGGCCAAGGACAAGCGACUUCGAUUAGUGGGUUGGUAUUUAAAGACAGUCAUACAGGAGUUUCUAGCCGUGUUGUCAGGAAAGCCUUGGCAAGUGCUAGGCCUAAACGAGGUCGAGAGAGAGUUGUGGAAGAAGGCGGCGUGCAGAGCCUUGGAGGACGAAAGGGUGCAUCGUUAUUGGAACUUCUAUUUUUGGUACGCGCAAAAACUGGUGUGA